CGCAGCAGAGCGGACCAGCCAUGGGCAAUGGCAUGAACAAGGUGCUGCCAGGCCUGUACGUCGGUAAUUAUCGGGAUUCGAAGGAUGCCUCUCAGCUAGAACGCUUCGAAAUCACACACAUCGUGGCUAUACACGACGCGGCUAGAAAACUGCAUCCCGACAAGCACUAUCUCUGUGUGAUGGCGUCCGACACUCCUGACCAAAACCUGACGCAGUACUUCUCGCUCUGCAAUGACUUCAUCCAUGCGGCCAGACUGCGAGGCGGCAACGUGCUCAUACACUGCCUUGCAGGCAUGUCUCGCAGCGUGACGGUGGCUGUAGCCUACAUAAUGAGUGUCACAUCGCUCAACUGGAAGGAUGCCCUCAAAGUAGUGAGAGUAGGACGUGCUGUCGCCAACCCCAACUUUGGCUUCCAGAAGCAGUUGCAGGACUUCGAGACAUUCAAGCUUGCAGAGGAGCGACGACGACUCAAAGAGAGAUAUCCAAGCCUUGCACUAAUGUCACAGGAUGAGGAGCAAUGCCAUCUCAUGCUCUCUUCAUACCAAAGCCUCAUCCUGUCCCGUGACCUCUGUGAAGGGGACUGUGCCAUGGGGCAAACGUGUCCCACAGGCAUGUGCCAUACACCUACUAAGAGGAUACUUAGGCGCAAAUCCAGUGCUCAUGGUACUACACCCCCCGAAUCUCCACGCAUGCUGCCCCCAACACCCAGCAUGAUUUGCAGUAGUACCAUUCUCAGCCGGCGUCCCCGGAGUGGGCCAGCAGGACUACACUCUUACACUGGAUCAGCUCCCCCAUCCCGCUCCGGGUCACGAACUGAUGUGACAGAGCUUCCACCUGGUGUUAUGAAUUGGCAAGAUCGACAUGCAGGUUCUGCCCCCACCACUCCCAUGGCCUCACCCCCUACAUCACCAAGGCAUUGGACACGCAGAGCAUCAAAUCUUGUUCGCAAACGAAGCAACACAUAACAAACUCUGCACAUUAUGCAUUUAUGACCGUCCUUACAUUGUGCACUAGGCUGAUAACUUCAUCUUUCAUACUGGCUGAUACACAAGAUGGUAGGCUGUGCAGCAGCAGGAUUUUCAAUUGGGCAAUGUAAAACUAGGGUUCAUAACUGCUGCCAUGAAACUCUCACAGAACAUAUCUUUUCUUUUACAUGAAGUGUUUUAGGUGCCUGUUUUUGAAAAUGGAAGAACAGAGAUCCAUGCAUGACAUUUUACACAGACAAUUGGUGAUUACAAGACACAGUGUUUGAUGUAUGAGAAUACAAUGAACUGUUAGUAAAGGUAAAAAUAUCCAUAUGCACAGUAUCAAUUCCUAUUCAUAAUUAAACAUUUCAAUGCCUCAGGAAUCAGGGAAUUUAUAUGCAACAAACUGCCAUCCCGUGUGUCAAUGACUUGUGGUUCCCAGUAUCUGGCAAGAUCUGGAUCUGUCCCAAUGUUCCCCUGGAUGAAAGACAGGAACCACAAAGUUUGUUUUCGUUCAGAUAUAAAAAUGUGCUGCAGUAUGACAGUGAGAUAGUUUCAUGUUAACAAAUGUUGCAAUGAACCUCUGUUCAUACUAUAUUUUCUUAUUUUCUUGCUGCUGCUGAGUGUAACAUAGAACAUACCAUUCUAUUCAAUGCAAUAGCUCGAGCCACAAUGUUUUGACUCAUCGGCUUACAAUCUGCACAUUCGAAGCCUUCCUGCCACAUCUUCAGGUUAAGCCAUCACUCGACAUUUUUAUACCUACCUCUUCUUAGCCUACUGUGCUAUCACAAAGUGUUCUGUAGUGAGAUAUAGUGAACCAUGCCAUAUAUAUAUUACAUUCAUUUUUCUUUUUGGUGUAUGAAGUCAAAAUUUAUACCCUUUGUUACUUUGUAUUUUCAUAAACUUUUGCUGUUUUGGGGUUGCAGAUAUUUUAGCCAAGCAGCUGAAUGCUAUACAGGAAUAUGUUGUUAUUAAAAAUAGCAAGAUUUCAAGAGAAGAGGCUCCAUGAUCCAUUCUUAAUUAUGUAAUGUUCAGAACACCAAUUUCAGCAUUUUAGGUAAAUAAAAUUAAUAAUUUUAAAGACUUGCAUUAGUUGAAAUUAGUGUUACUUUUGUCUUCAAUCUUAUCAUUUUUCAAAUUAAACAGAUGUACUCAAGAUACUGUGGUCAGGGCUUUAAUUUUUCCUCAUGAUUUAUGAAACUGUGGGCAAUAAUUAUUGAGUGAUGGAAUAACUCAGUUGGUAUGGUUAUAUGCAACAAGUAGCUCAACAAAGAAUUCAAUCAACAACUUCAAACUAAAUUAACUGCACUAACAAAACUUAUUCUAAUCCAGCUGCAGUGAUUAUAUUACCAAGACCAAAUUGCUUGAUCCUCAUUUAUGAGAAUGGGAUGCACUACAUGAAGGGGUACUUAUACAACAAUAUUAUUGUUGUUUAAUCUGAUAUUAAAAGUGAAACACCAUACUUUUUGUGUACAUAAUAUAUAUUCUGGGCAAUAAAUAUGCUACCAUGACACAAAAUCAGUAAAGAAAUUAAACAAGAACAUCUGUUUACCUUCAGAACACCACAUUCUACAAUAUAAAUGCAAAUCCUGAAUAUCGGUUUAUUUUGGGAAAAUUUGGAGAAACUAAGCUCUAUAUACUCAUACAUACAAACACUGAUGGCAGACAACACUGUAAAGGUGUGUCACAAGCAUCACAACACACAGACAAGCAACAUCAACUACCGACAGACAACACACGUCAACAACAUCCCGAAG